CCUGUAGGACACGCGCUGGCGACUCACUUCCUGGUUGAAGAUGGCGGAUGAGAAUGAGACAGCACCAUUGCCGGAGAAAGAAGACGUAGAAGACCACGGGCACUGCAGCGACUGUGAAAAUGAAGAGCACCACCUUGACGAUGGUGACAGGGGUCAGGGUGACGACGUCAGCACCAAGAAGAAGAAAAGGAAGCAGAAGAAGAAGAAAAAAAGUGGUGCCACAGAAGUGUCUCAAGAUCCUCUCGCCAAGGUGAAUUCGUUGCCCGCCGACAAGCUGCAGGAGAUCCAAAAGGCUAUCGAGCUUUUCUCCGUGGGCCAAGGUCCCGCCAAAACCAUGGAGGAGGCCACCCGGAGGAGUUACCAGUUCUGGGACACACAGCCGGUGCCAAAGCUGGGUGAGACGGUGACAUCACACGGCUCCAUCGAGCCCGACAAGGACAACAUCCGUGAAGAGCCGUACAGCCUCCCGCAGGGCUUCAGCUGGGACACCCUUGACUUGGGCAACUCCGCUGUGCUGAAGGAGCUCUACACCCUCCUCAAUGAAAACUACGUGGAAGAUGACGACAAUAUGUUUCGAUUUGACUACUCCCCAGACUUCCUACUCUGGGCUCUACGGCCCCCCGGCUGGCUUCCCCAGUGGCAUUGUGGUGUGAGGGUGAACUCCAACCAGAAGCUGGUGGGCUUCAUCAGUGCCAUUCCUGCCAACAUCCGCAUCUACGACGUAGAGAAGAAGAUGGUGGAGAUCAACUUCCUGUGCGUUCACAAGAAGCUUCGAGCCAAGCGAGUCGCUCCGGUCCUGAUCCGAGAGAUCACCAGACGAGUUAACCUGCAGGGCAUCUUCCAGGCUGUCUACACGGCCGGCGUGGUUCUGCCUAAACCUGUGGGCACCUGCAGGUACUGGCAUCGCUCUCUGAACCCACGCAAACUGAUUGAGGUGAAGUUCUCCCACCUGAGCAGGAACAUGACUAUGCAGCGCACCAUGAAGUUGUACCGUCUGCCCGAGGCCCCCAAGACUUCAGGUCUGCGGCCGAUGACCAAGAAGGACGUGCCCGCCGUGCACCGCCUCCUACGCGAGUAUCUCAGCCACUUCAACCUGGUGCCUGCCAUGAACCAAGAGGAGGUGGCCCACUGGCUGCUGCCCCAGGAGAACAUCAUCGACACCUACCUGGUGGAGAAUGAUGGAAAAGUGACAGACUUCCUGAGUUUCUACACGCUGCCCUCCACCAUCAUGAACCACCCUGUGCACCGCAGUCUAAAAGCCGCCUACUCCUUCUACAACGUGCACACCACCACCCCGCUGCUCGACCUGAUGUCUGACGCUCUAAUCCUGGCCAAAUCGAAAGGGUUUGAUGUCUUCAAUGCACUGGAUCUGAUGGAAAACAAGACCUUCUUGGAGAAGCUGAAGUUCGGCAUCGGCGAUGGCAAUCUACAGUAUUACCUAUACAAUUGGAAGUGUCCCAGCAUGGGCUCAGAAAAGGUGGGGCUGGUCCUGCAGUGAUGGCCCAACCAGGAUGGAGUGUAACCGACAGACCACGUGACCGCACCAUCGCACCCGCCCCCUGACUGAUGGAGUGAAGAGCUUCAAGAGAGGAAGCUUACCGCCCAUUUUUACACUUUUUUUUUGGUUUUUUGUUUUUUUUUGGUGACCUUUUUGAACUUUGACCUGCACUAUCGCUGCCAGGCAGGGAGCUUGGGGGGGGAGGGAGGCAGCUCUACCCCCGCCCCUCCCUUCUUCACACGGACCUUAAAGCCAUUGUGGUUACAUCAGCCUAAACACGCAUCUGAGAGCUGUCCCGAUUGUACCAAAACACACACAAGACCAGUUUGCAAGUGUGGCUGCAUGCCAAACUCUCUCUGUUGGCGUAAUAAAACAUAAAAAAACCAACAAAAAAUAGCAUGUAAAUAAUCAACUCGGUGUGACUGCAAACUUCUACCCCAACACGUGCACACGAGAAACCUGCUGUUUUACUUUGGAGUGCUUUUUGCAAUUAAGAUACAUUUUGUCCGUGAGUUUUAGAGCUAAUAAGAAAUAAUGCUCAUAAUGAGGUGGCAAUAGCAUAAGAUGACAAACCUUUAUUAGUCUCACAGUGAAAGACUGAGCAGAGAUAGGAGAUAAGGGCUUUUCUCAUUCUCUCUUUAAGUCUUGUUUAUUUUCUCAUCAAAGCUUUUGUUCUAACACUUCUUGGAGAGACUGGCUUUGUCAGCAGAAGCACGGCGGGUCCAGCACAGAAGUGGAAAGGUGCGCUGAUGCAAGGAUCCGAUACGUCGUGAUAUGAUUGCAAUGUCCUCGCUGGCUUUGACCUUUGUUACCAAUAAAUCUGCUGGACAAAU